CGGAGCAGGCAGACGGGCAGGGAGCCACCGUGACCGCAUCUGUCGCUUCAUAUCUCGACGAUUCAGUCCCAUACAGGGUUGGACUCCUUCUUUUUACACUGAAUCCCGACUGAAAUCAAUGAAGGAGAGACGCUCGUGUCAGAAAGCCUGUUUGAAACCCGGCAUGGAUCCCAGUCCGAGUGUGAAGUGCAAGAUAGUGGUGGUGGGGGACAGCCAGUGCGGGAAGACUGCGCUGCUUCACGUGUUUGCCAAGGACUGUUUCCCUGAGAGCUACGUCCCCACAGUGUUUGAAAACUACACAGCCAGCUUCGAAAUCGACACACAGAGGAUUGAGCUCAGUCUGUGGGACACCUCAGGAUCUCCGUACUAUGACAACGUGAGGCCUCUCUCCUACCCAGACUCUGACGCUGUCCUCAUCUGUUUUGACAUCAGUCGCCCUGAAACACUUGACAGUGUAUUGAAAAAGUGGAAAGGGGAGAUCCAGGAGUUUUGCCCAAACACCAAGAUGCUGUUGGUUGGUUGUAAGUCCGACCUUCGCACUGAUCUGAGCACACUAGUGGAGCUUUCCAACCACAGACAGACACCAGUCUCUUAUGACCAGGGUUCUAGCAUGGCCAAGCAGCUCUCUGCACCCUACAUCGAGUGCUCGGCCCAGCAGUCAGAGAACAGCGUCAGGGACAUUUUCCAUGUGGCCACGCUGGCUUGCAUCAACAAAAACAACAAAAAUGUCAAGCGCAGUAAGGCCGCCCGCGCCAGCAAGAGGAUUUCACACAUGCCCGGUAGGCCCGACCUCGCAACUGUGGCCUCGGACCUCCGGAAGGACAAAGCCAAAAGUUGCUCGGUCAUGUGACUGAUCCAACAGAGGGGGGUUGGACUGAGGAGAAUGAGGACAGAGCGUAGUGCAAGCAGGAAGCUAUUGGGCCUUGCUCUUUCCUGCAUGCUACAGACCCCUUAUUUGUCUGGAAAGGGGUUUUAUAAGCUUCAAUUCAUGUACAUGUUACUGGAAUAGUCUGCACCAAUGAAAACUCACUGUGUCGUAGCGUCCCAAUCCAUGUGGCCCCCUGCCCCACCAGACGAGGAAGAUAUUUCAGUGGGCUACCUACUUCCUCUGGGAGGAUGAGGCGGAUGUGCUCGAGGUUUUCCACACUAACAGGAAAUGUGCAGGAGGAGUGAUGUCAUUAGGAGACGCUCAUUUGUUCAGGAAGGGUUUAAGAGAAUGUGAUGUUUCGAAUGAGUGCCAAAGCCGAAGAUGGGGGUUUGCUGCCUUUGGGGAAAAAAACGCAGGAGCUGCUGUUGUUUGUGCUUGAUCAAAGAUUUUUUGCUUGGAGGGCUUAUACAACAACGUGUCACUGUGGUUUGGAACUGAUUCACGCUCUGCCCUGUUUGUGUAACUGUUAGUCUGUCUGCACAGAGGAAGGAAACCUGACGCUGUGUGUCCCCUGCCUCUGAUAUGUUGUUGGUAUAAUGUGAAGUCAUUGGUGUGUAAUUGAAUAAUUGUUUUGUUUUAGCUUCUUCCUGAUGAGGUUCAACCAUGAACAGCUGAUCCUAGGCCCGGAAAGAUUCCUCUAAUCACACCUGAUCUGUUUGAGUUUAAAACUGCACGUCUGUACCUGUCAGACAUUGCAACAGCUACACAAUCUGAAGACAACCAUUCUCCACAUUGACAUAUUUAUGGACUUGUUUGUAUGAUACUGAGGAGUCAUAAGCCCCACCCCCACAAGAAACUCCAUGUGAUAAACAAAUCCAAGUUGUCCCUCCCUUUUCAUCAACUUGUGACAUUGUUUUAAAAAUUCUAAAAGCAGAAAUAACUUGUAUAACAUGUUUUAAAGCUCUUAAUAGAUAUUUAGUGAGCCAAAAACAUUUAAUUGACCAACAUUUAACAAGUGAAAAUUGUGUAAAAUGAGGAUGUCCUAACAGGCGGACAGCCGGUUUGAGCUGUGAAUCACUUUCCCACUGCACUUUAGCGAGAGAUUGGAAAAUGAAAGCAACAAUUACAAUUUUCGCUGAAGAUUUUUGACUCUGCUGUUAAGAAAAAUCCCCAUAAAGGCCUGGUCACACCAAUGUUUAAAAUGGAUGAUUUUAUUUUACCUACAUGGUUUGAAAGUUUUAGGGCCCUUUAUGUCUGUGGGCCUUAUUUUGAAUACAUCAAAAUGCAAACAACAAAUGGGAGCCAGUUUGAAAUGGACUUUUCUAAAGUCUUCAGAAACAGUGGUUUUGAAUUUGUCAUUUUCCUUUAACAACCGUGUAAGUAUAAGAGUUGUCUCUUCCCUGUGUACAUGAUCAUAUUUUCUUGAAUGUUGAUGUCACCUUCAAAAUGUCUUUGCCAAUGUUGUUGCCAUAAUAUUUAUUGAAUUAUAUAUUUUCCCCUUAGAAUAAAUGCGGAAGGAAUUGAAGUGUGUGUUUCUGUUUGAGAGCAAACAAGAUGUCAAAUGUGGUGACUUGCAUGAAAUGCUUUUUCUUGCUUUUGAAAUGUCAAUUCAGCAGCACCCAGUUCAUUCAGAGGAAGUACAUCUGUCUUCCAUUUGAAGCAGAUGAGAAGUAUUAAUGGAUAUGCUGUAGUCAGCUCAUUGAAUCUGGUAUUUUGAAAUCAGUUUUAGCCCAUGUUAAAGUUGGCACAUCAGAUAUUCCUCACCAUGGCAUCACUGGAUUCUUGCCAAGAUGCACAUUUUUCUCUGAGCCAAAAAGGCUGCUGUCAAGGGGCUUCUUUUUUCACCUCAAAGUUGAGUAUGGAAACCAAUAGCUUGGUUAUUAAAAUGUGUGGUGGUGCUUGUCAUUCGGACUCUCCCAUCUCGAGAGCUUGUGUAAGCACGAAUAAAAUAUAGGUCAAAGCAGGUAAAAACAUGCUCUACCAA